AUGUCAUCAGCUAGAGAGCAACAGGAAGAGAUUUGGAAGAGGUUAAUCGCGGCCCAAAAUAUCGAGGGCUCGAAAUCAAAGACCAAUCAACAAGAAAAAUGGCCGUCAUAUAACGAUGUCCUACACGAUGUGCGAAAGACUGACUACAAUGAAAUCUUGACGUGCCCCGCUGACAUCCAUCCUAUUUCAGAUGGGCGUGAUAAGACGAUAUGUCCACAAGGAGCAGUGUGUUGUGCCAAGCUAGAAUUGUUCUCUUUUCCGAAUGAUAUUAGAGGGAAGCCUUACACUGGAUUAUUGCAGCCUGGAAGCACAUCAGAACAUUGCAUCAUUCGGCUUUCCUCAGCUCUUCAGCCAAUGAAUUCGAGUGACCAGAACAACAAGCUCGCGAGUAUGUUCUUGGGCAAGCGGUUAGCAAAUGCAAAGCUUUUUCCAGCUGCGGCCAUCAAAAUGUUCCGCGGAAACCGAAUAGAGAGCGGGAACAUGCUGUUCCUGGGAUGCAAAGUUGGACAAGAGGAAGAAGAUUUCUUCGCCCAUUGCCUAUGUACACAAAUUACAUCAUCCAUGCCCACCACGUUGAAGCCCAUUUUGAAGCUGUUCAAGAAAUAUUCGGCGACACCCUUGCUCCUUGGAAAUUCGAAUCUUUGUUCUUUUGAUACGCAUGGCGAAAUGUCCCAAGAUUUUAACUUUCCCUUCUGCCUGACGCUACGGCCGAGGAUGGAGAGUGGUGCUAGAUUCCUUGACGAGGUCCUUGAUAUACCCGCCGGUACCCACCUUUACGAUUUAUUCGCAAGUCCCGAUCCAUUGUCAGUAGCUGAUGGAAGGAAGCUGCAACGAAUAGGUCGUAUUGUGACAACAUCAGAAAUGAUACCUUCUACUCCCAAUGAUGGUCUUUUCUUUCGCCAUCAAAAGAAGGACGAAGACUUCAAGUUCAAACCACACUGGAAGUCGGAGUUGCAAACUAAAGUCACGCUAAAAACUGGUCGAAAGGGAACAGUGGCCAGCGUCGCUGGGUGGAAGCUUUUCGAGCAUCAGAUUGCAGAUGGUGGCUACAUUGAUUUUGAGGCAAGUGAAGGAUCUUCAUGA